AUUCAAGUCGAAGCUCAUAUCGAUAUCGCCUAAACUGUCAUACCCAUGGAAUCCUUUGCUUUGCUUCAUGGCGGCUUACCGUCUAAACUUCCCUUGCUUAAACCUUCCCCUAGCACCCCGAUGUCGGUGGUGCCUUCAUGGCUCUGUUUCAACGUUAGGAACCCACCCUUUUCUCGACUAUCGAAUGGUUUAAUAUCGACCCGUGUCUCUAUUGUGUCGACUUGGAAUCCCAAUACACGUGACAUGUUAUUAGCUCGUUGUGGGGAUGGGGAGACGUACUCAAAUGCCGAAGAAGACUCAUUGAAGGCAUUGCUAAGCUUAGUACAACCAAAAGAAAGUAAUUCAUCAACAUUAGUGAUUGCUUCCACCAAGAAUGAGGCAUUGAAGUUGGUCGUCGAAGAGAAGUACGGUGAAGGAUUGUGCCAUACGAAAAAAUUAUGCUCUUCCGCUAAGGUUGAAGUUGUCUAUGAGGCUCGGCUGGCACAUCUCCAAAUUCUCAUACGUUUGGAUGAAUACAACAAGGCUCUAGAAUUUCUAGAGGAGAAGGACAACUUUCCUCAAUCUAAAGCAUUUGAAGCAACACUUUCCCUUUAUAAGGCUGUGGUUCAUACGAUGUUAAGCAAGAAUGGUAAAGCAGAAGAAUGGUGGAAUACGUACCUUGUUGAAAUGAGGAGUUCGAAGCUCAUUGUAGAAAUACAAAUUCAGACGGGUUCUUGACGAGUGCUAAGAGCCGAUUGAAGCCAUUGUUGAACUUAAAAUCAUCCAAUGUGAAACAUGGCUCAUUUGUUAUUCAACAUUAUUCCCUCUAAGAAAUGAUGUAGGCAGUCGUGAAUGGGGAUUAUGAUGCAGUAAAAUGCUACAUGGAAAACUUAUGUAACGAAGUAAGAGACAACCGAGAGGAGGCAUUAGAGGCGCAAAUCGCAUAUAUCCAGAUUCUUAUA